GAACUGUGCCAGAAGUUUCGACAGUUGUCCUUUCCCUUUCGUGCAUCACAGUCAUUGCUGUCUCAACGCAAUUUGACUUUUUGAGGCAAUUCUUUUUAUGUCAUCGGUGUUUUAUUCUGUAAAUCGAGCAGUACUUUUCUGUCCAUUGUAAUAUAAAAUAUAAUCCAGCUUCAAAAUGGUUGGGGUAGGAUCCAAGAAGAUGUUUGUAUUGAAACGCGGUGGAAGGCAAGAAGAUGUUCACUUCGACAAAAUAACAUCGAGAAUCCAAAAGCUAUGUUAUGGGCUUAAUUUGGAUUUUGUUGACCCAACCGCUAUUACCAUGAAGGUAAUUAAUGGUCUAUAUCCUGGUGUUACAACUGUCGAAUUGGACAAUCUUGCUGCUGAAACAGCUGCAACAAUGACCACUAAACAUCCAGAUUAUGCCAUCCUAGCUGCACGCAUAGCUGUUUCUAACCUUCAUAAAGAAACCAAAAAGGUUUUUUCUGAGGUGAUUGAUGAUCUGUACAACAUGAAGAACAAGAUAACCAAGAAAUGCACUCCAAUGAUAUCUGAUUUCCACCAUGGAAUUAUUAUGAAGUAUUCGGAAAAACUCAACUCUGCUAUGAUCUAUGACAGAGACUUCAACUUCAAUUACUUUGGAUUCAAGACUUUAGAGAAAUCCUACUUGUUGAAAAUCGAUGGAAAACCAGUGGAACGUCCGCAGCACUUGAUGAUGAGAGUGUCAGUCGGUAUUCAUGGGGAGGAUAUUGACGCUGCCAUUGAAACGUACAAUUUGCUGUCGGAAAAGUGGUUCACUCAUGCUUCUCCCACCCUGUUUUAUGCUGCUACACCAAGACCUCAGCUAUCAAGUUGCUUUCUUCUUACCAUGAAAGAUGACAGUAUUGAUGGAAUUUAUGAAACUUUGAAGCAAUGUGCCAUUAUCUCCAAAUCUGCUGGUGGUAUUGGUCUUAACGUCCACUGCAUUCGCGCUACAGGAAGUUAUAUUGCAGGAACAAAUGGAAUUUCCAAUGGUUUAGUCCCAAUGCUUCGCGUGUUCAACAACACAGCUCGUUAUGUAGACCAAGGUGGAAAUAAGCGUCCUGGAGCAUUUGCAAUCUACUUGGAGCCUUGGCAUUCUGAUGUGUUCGAUUUUCUCGAUUUGAAGAAAAAUACCGGCAAAGAAGAAAAUCGUGCACGUGAUUUAUUUUAUGCCCUGUGGAUUCCCGACCUGUUCAUGCGACGUGUUGAAUCUGAUGGCGAUUGGUCACUGAUGUGUCCUCAUGAAUGCCCAGGAUUGGCUGACACUUGGGGAGAAGAGUUCGAAGCCCUAUAUACCAAAUAUGAAGAAAGUGGUAUGUACAGGCGUAAAGUGAAAGCUCAACAGUUGUGGUUUGCUGUAAUUGAAUCGCAAAUUGAAACUGGCACUCCUUACAUCUUGUACAAGGAUGCCUGCAACCGCAAGUCGAAUCAACAGAAUUUGGGUACCAUCAAAUGCAGCAAUUUGUGCACAGAGAUUGUGGAAUACAGCUCUCCAGAAGAGGUCGCAGUUUGCAAUUUGGGUUCGAUUGCAUUGAACAUGUUUGUUAAGCCAGACAAGACUUUUGAUAUCCCGAAAUUGAAGGAAGUAACCAAAGUGUUAACACGCAAUCUCAACAAAAUCAUCGAAAUCAACUAUUAUCCUGUCCCUGAAGCCAAACGUUCGAAUUUUCGUCACCGUCCAAUUGGAAUUGGAGUUCAAGGCUUGGCGGAUGCUUUUAUUCUGAUGCGCUACCCAUUUGACAGUGAAGAGGCGCAAUUGCUAAACAAACACAUUUUCGAAACCAUUUAUUACGGCGCUUUGGAAGCUUCGUGUGAGCUCGCUGAACAGUUGGGUACAUAUGAAAGUUACCCCGGAUGCCCUGUCAGCAAAGGGAUUCUGCAGUACGACAUGUGGGGAGUUACACCUACCGAUUUGUGGGAUUGGGCUGCAUUGAAGAAAAAGAUUGCCGAGCAUGGACUGCGGAAUUCGCUUUUAUUGGCACCUAUGCCCACAGCUUCAACUGCGCACAUUCUGGGAAAUAAUGAAUCGAUUGAAGCGUACACUUCCAAUAUUUAUGUCCGUAGGGUCUUGUCGGGAGAAUUCCAGGUCGUGAAUCAUCAUUUACUUCGAGAUUUAACUGAAGGAGGGUUGUGGAAUGAAGACGUGAAGAACGGUAUUAUCGCCAACAAUGGUUCCAUUCAAAAUAUUGAUAGCAUACCAGAUGAUUUGAAAGCUUUGUACAAGACAGUUUGGGAAAUUCCACAGCGAAUUGUCAUCAAAAUGGCUGCAGAUCGAGGUGCUUUUAUUGAUCAAAGUCAGUCAUUAAAUAUUCACAUUGCCGAGGCUAAUUACGGAAAGUUGACUUCAAUGCACUUUUACUCGUGGAAAUUGGGACUUAAAACGGGCAUGUAUUAUCUAAGAACAAAGCCUGCUGCUAGUGCCAUUCAGUUCACUGUUGAUAAAUCAAAGUUGAAAAAAGUGAAUGGGGUCGAUAAUUCAGCUGAUGCUACGAAUGGGAACGAUGAAGAGAAAAGAAAUCGGGAGGCAAUGGUAUGUUCGCUACAGAAUAGAGAUGACUGUUUGAUGUGUGGAUCGUAAAGUUGCAGGUUUCAUGAGAAAAUGGUUGAAAUGUGUUUUUUUGCAUCGGAUGUAAUACAUCACUUCUUAAAAAGGUCAA